UGGAAUUGACUCGUAUCAUAUUUGUCGAGUACCAGUGAGUGCUUCUUGGUUUGGUCCGAGUCCUCGUAGUCACUAGACAUAUGCGGGAAUGGAAGCAGUUGGAUUCCUUUCUUUCUCUGGUGCUUCUUACUCUAUUACUCGACAGAAGUUCGUCCUCGCUCUAGAGAACAUCUGUGGUAAGGAAUGUAUGUUCGUCGAAGCGUGCGUCACGAUUACGUACCGAUGUUACACCACUACGUCUGAUCAUAUUCAUCCAACUCCGAUCUACGGUCGAGUAUUAGAUUGCAAACCUACAGUGGACAGAGAACCGGGGAAGGGUGAUCUGUGGAGAUCAUCUGACGAUGGGAGUCGUUUCCGCCACAAGUUUCCCUGAGGCAAGAGAGGAUGCACGAAAAACUUACUGGGGAGAGCUGGUAAAAAAUGUGUGAAUCGUGAUCGAACGUCUGGUUUGUGGAGGACGGGCUGUUUAGUCCGAAGGCAUGUUUAGAGGUCCAGAGGGUCCACGAUUUUCUUUGGACAUUAGGACCUAAGGGCAGCUCAUGGUUCACAAGUCUCAAGGUAGAGUUUUUAAAAGGAAUGAACAGUGGAACUUAGGAACACUGAUUGGGGACAAGCACUGCACGUGAUUAGGUGCGCAGGUUCAUGUGCACCAUAUUUGUGAGGUCCCUGCUUUUUUCACUCUCAAUCCAGCCAUGGGAAAAUUCUGUUCAAUCCAGCCCGUCAGAUGUGCAUUGUGCACCACGAUCAUGAAUGAAAGCUGGAUGACAGUAUAUGUUUGUUUGUCAUAUUUCAGGCGGGCACGUUCUGGUCCGUCCCGCGAGCUCACUCUAUGUCAUGAAAACUGGAGGUGGCCUAGCGCCGGACACUGCUUUGAGUUAUCCGCAUGAAGAGACUGCAAACUGCGUUGUGUUCAUUAGAGAGAGAACCCUUUCUAUGGCAGCACAAUCGUAGCCUGAGAAUCUGGGUGGAACAGGGAACCGUUGCUGUAAAGGUCCGUAGAUCAUUGCUUCAUUAUACAGAUGGGAUUAGCUCCCCCACAAUGCCCAAAUCUUAGUAGAGUUAGAGGAGAUGAUUGCCUUGUACGGAUCCUAACUUGUCCGAGGAACGUAGCGACGCUUAUUCCGGUAGUUAAAGUCAAUAUUAAGGGCACAAGAGUCUACUUUUCAGAAUAGCUUGUUCGGGCCAUGUGAAAUCCUACCUCCUGCAUUGCUGUUUUCAAGCCGAAAGGCCACGCGGCUGUGGAAAAACGCC